ACAUCGUCGUGGAGAAAACAGUCUAAUCUUUCAAUCGCAUUAUUUCAUACCCUGUGGGGAAUUACCAAGAUCUAUCCACUGGAUAGGCUGACAAUAUUUGCAUCUUUUUAGCAUGCACGGAAGUCACGCAGGGUACAAGGAUUAUAAAAGCGCUGUACGUGAAAUGUAUUGAUACAACACGUUUUGUUGCAUUGCUCUAGUUAGCUGCCACUGAGCUUGUACCUGACGAGGACUAGUGAGUAGUAGUUGCUGCGUCAAAAAAGUUUGCUUCGACGGGCGACUUGUAGGCUACGUAACAACGCUAGGGUCAAACAGUUAGCGAGUCAGUUUUACAGUAUUGUAGGCUAGUGUUGUUUGCACAAUUGCCAAGUUGCUUUAACGUUACAGUGGGCGAAUUUCAAGAUGAACAUUGCUGUCGAAUUUGUUGUGGUUGUAUUUAGAGUAGUUUGGUCAUUCGUGUUGGCUGGUAGUAAGUGGAUUGUUCGAACAAGGGAAAAGAGUGUCGUAGGACAGGUAUGCCUGAUAACAGGAGCUGGAAGCGGUCUAGGACGACUUUUUGCUAAGGAGUUUGCUCGGCGAGGUGCAUCACUUGUGUUGUGGGACAUCAACCGACAAGGCAAUGAAGAGACCGCAGAAAUGGUCCGCGAAAUAUACCGCGACAUGUCGUCCAAAGGAGAAACAACUGGUGGAAUCCAAGAGGUCCCUUUCCAGCCACAAGUGCAUACAUUUGUGUGUGAUGUAAGUAAACGCGAAAGCGUAUACUGCACAGCUGAGAAGGUACGAGCUGAGGUUGGCAACAUCGACUUCUUGAUCAACAACGCAGGGGUUGUUUCCGGGCAUCACCUCCUCGAGUGUCCGGACGAACUCAUCGAGAGAACAAUGAUGGUCAACUGUCAUGCACAUUUUUGGACCAGCAAGGCCUUUCUUCCCAAGAUGUUGGAGCAAAAUCAUGGACAUAUUGUUACCAUCGCUAGUACAUUGGGACUAUUCACAACAGCUGGAGUGGAGGAUUAUUGUGCCAGCAAAUUUGGAGCAAUAGGCUUCCAUGAGUCCUUAAGUCAUGAACUGAAAGCUGCUGAAAAGGAUGGAAUCAAGAUGACUCUUGUCUGCCCUUUUCUUGUGGAUACUGGCAUGUUUACAGGUUGCAAGAUAAGGAAAGAAAUGGCUCCUUUCUUCCCCCCACUGAAGCCAAAAGAUUGUGUGACUCAAGCCAUGAGGGCAAUCCUGACAGAUCAAGAAAUGGUUUGCACACCACGAGCAAUGUAUAUGGUCAGCUUCAUGAAAACGAUCCUUCCAUUUGAUGCCAUUGUUUGUAUGUACCGGUUUAUUGGAGCAGACAAAUGCAUGUACCCAUUCCUUGCUCAUUGUAAAGAGUCUAUGAACAAUAACGACACCAAGAUUACAAGCUGAACCUUGCCUACCUUUAGGAGUUAAAGACUAAGUUAUCAGUGCUGUUGACACAGGGUGUUAUUUAAAAGGUUUCACUUGGAACGUGAAGGGCUACAUCAAUGAUGUAAAUUUUGAUAGGAAUCAGUAAAGGUUCAAAGUGGGUAAUUUCUGUAGCUCAAUGUUUACAUUUAAUUAUUUAAUCAUAAAGUGCAGUAUGUUACUGUGUACAAUGCUUACCAAAUAUGACCUUAUUAUUCAACAUGUCAAGGUUGACAAUGGCCUAACUUGUAGUAUGGAUAAUUUUCUCCCUUUUGUUGUGGGAGAUAUUUAUAUAUGAAUGAUGUACAAUCAAGUAAUAUGGGAGUUCAAAUGUUCAGUGUAUGAAUGGGCUGUUAACUCUGCUACCAGUGCCUUAUACAUUAUUUGUGUUUUUUCUAAAUCAUUAUACAGUGUUGUAAUAAAUGUGACAAAA